UUUGUCACUCUCUAUUGUGAAAAUGAUUCAAACCGCGCCUUUCCUCUACCUCGAUUUGGCCGGCAGCAGCCAGCCACGCUGCGCGUCGUUGCCGUGUCAUCUUAAGAUUUACUGAGUGUUUGUCACCUACGAAGUAAAAAGAGUCCUCCUAGUCACAUCCUCUCCCCCUAAACAGUGUACGUGUUAUUUCAUUCUUGUCUCAUGCCAAACAGAUCGCGCUUAAAUCCCUGCCAUGUUGGUGCAUCAGUAUCAGUGGGUCACCCUUUUUGAGUGGGUCUAGCGGCUUCUUAUCGAAUGCUCGAACGGUGCCGUCAUUUGGGACUGCCUGUUUAUUUUUAUUGGUUCUUCCGUGACGCUUUCAAGUGGCAUGUCCUUUCAGAUGCAAGCACCUACUACGACAAAGCAGGCUACAUUCACAAAGCUCGGAUCCCUCUUACGUGAUGCAAGACAAAAGCAUCUCUCUAGGAAACAAGGAGAGACUCAAUCCUCGACCUCUUCGUGAUUAUUUUCCCAGUUUCUCUUCACAGCAGAGGCAGAGACACCAGUUUGAUUUUUUGCUGCAAGUGCCGCUGUUCCACGAACAUGUCACCCGGUAACAGUCACAUGCUGUUUUUUCGUCGGUGCGUCCACAGAUUAGUUGAAAAAGUGAGACAAACAAAUACGUGAAAGCCUCACGUAGCACCUCGUGAAACCGUCAUCGGAGCGGGGUAUUUUGCUUCCACGCCGCCGUACCUUCCCGGAUCCUGCAAUUCCGAACAGGUGACUUCAAGAUGGAGGGUGAGGAACAGCCACUUCGAAACAGGGUUGAACCUGACCAGGGAAUGUCGGUAAACGCAGGCGUCUCCGCUUCUGCAAAUGAGGACUCCACGCACGCAGAAGGGGCUCAGAAUUCGACGCCGCCUUCGCAGCUAGUGAAGAAACGAUGGUUGGAGAAGGUCCAUGUACUUCCCAUAGGUAAUAAGGCAGCGGAUAGCGAAGUCUUCGCCGCUCUGAAGAAGAUGAUGGCGGACGACGUCCUUCUGCAGCAGUAUAUGGCCUUUGAGGUGCCCGUAACGUUGGCGAACUGUCCAACAUCAGGAGCUUCAGUGGAUACGGGAGAACGCUCGAAAGUGGAGACUUCGAAAGAGCCAGAGCCAGAGGCAGACACUCUGCCUGCAUGUACGUACAUCGUGGUAGAGUGCUGUCCACGUUCGGGAUACGUCGGAAGGGAGACGCUGGUUUUCCUCGCUGGUCAACCUCUGCAGCCACUUCGUCGAGUUCAGCUGCUCGCUCUCGUGCAUCCGAAUUCCUCCUACGCUCGCCGCGCUGGGAUCCAUUCGUACCAACAACUUUUUGACCAAGCGCCGUCAUUUCCUUCUCUGGACCGUCAAGAGCCUUCUGUAGAAGACUCUGCCCCCGUGUAUACCCUUUCGUCCAUGGUCCACUCCUCGCCAGCAGCGUCCACGCAACCUGUCGGCCAACUUCUCUCACCCUUCACACCAGCGUUUUUUGACGAUAGACAGGCGGCGUCUGAUGACGGCUUUCCAUUUGGGUUCACCGACAUCAUUGAAGAGCUUGAGAGCGUCAGCAGCAGCACCAGCACAAGCGACGAGGAAACUGAGAGACUAGGCGAGCGACACUCCCACGGCUUCUCUCUCCGGGGGCCAACCGUUCCGCGUCCUGCAUCGCGUGGGGACGUUACAGAAGUUGGAGAAAACGAAAGUGCGGAGUGCUCCGAGGUGGAAGACAGCGAUCGGCCGGCAAGCUUCGAGAGUCGAAGAUCCGCGUCAAGCUCUAGCACGCAGGCAACAGAGGGGCGGAGAGAGAGUGGAGACGGAAGUGGCGACGCUCUGUUGAAAGGACCAGCGAGAGGCGGGCUUUGUGUUUGUUCGAGAACCGAAAAAAACCAUCCGAGCCAGACGUUUGGAGAGAAUUGGGGCGGCAAAGCAAGGUCCAGCGAAGCAGAAGCCACGCACACCGCAUGCCCGGGGCACACCUGCAAGGCAGACACCAGCCGAGGAGACGCGUCUGCUGCUGAACGACGCCGUUUCCAGAGACGCCGCCUUCAACAGCAUUCGCAGUUCUUCGAGUCAGAACCUAGAAAUGGAAGCAACACAAGACGUGGCUGGUUGCCCGGUACCAUUCGUGUUCGCCUGCGGGAGCGGAUAUCAACAGUUCAGACGAGUGGAGAACGUGGAAGCGGCGUGUGUCGCGCAGGGAAAAGACUCGAAAGAUUGGAUCCGGAAACGCUGUUCCGAGAGUUCGUCGAGCCACAUCUAAGUUCCCGAAUCUAUGGACCCCGCGGCCGGAAGUCGGGUUCCACGUCCACAGUCGUUCUGUAUCCGGGGAAGAAACUGGUCAUUGGGGACCUCACCUUCGUUGUGUGGGCUACGGAUCCGCGAAACAACCCUGGAUUCGUUGAUGAAAACACGUCAAUCUACAUCUCUCUGGACCCGUACGGUGAAUUCAAGCGCGUCCACUUCGUGCCGUUCUCCGACACCCUCCCGACAACGUAUCGCUUCGACUUUUACGACGACUACCUGAAACCCUUUCUUUUAGAAAAUACUUGGAGAAACUUCACUCGCGGGGAUGUUUACUCCUAUAGGGGCGUUGAGUUCAAGCUUAUCGCGACGGAGCCGGCGUCGUGCAAUAUCGCUCGAGUCGGGCCGGAGACAAUCGUUCACUAUCAAGGGUCAGUGGAGCCUACCAUCAUGGACCUGUUGCCACCUGACAUCCUUCAGCGCAUUCGACGGCUGCCCGUGCGUUUGCAGCCCUUCGCUAUAAUUUCAGCAGCUCAGGCUUUGGACCCGCAAGUUCUGAUGCGCGUAAUCCCAGCUGCCUCUAUUCGCGGACCACGUCAAGGACUCAGCGAGCAGAUGGUCGAUGUCCUUCGCGAUCGGCUUGUUCAUCCUUUUUCAUUUGCUCACUACCUACACUCAUUCCGAGAUUUGUGUGAGCGGAAGUUGCCUUCGGGAGCGAAGCCAGACGAUAGCCCAUGCAAGCGGAAUGCCUCGCCAGGUUCAUCAAAGCAGCAGGCUGCGAUGGGCACGACAACGCACGACAGAGAUCCACAGAAGUCUGCUCGCGGAGAUACCAAUAUCACCCACAUCAUUCAGCAGCCAUCAGGGGUAGAGAUUGAAAGACAAACUGAGCAAGUGAAGGAUGACUCAGCUUCGUCGACAUUUGCAGUGAGGGUGCAGCCGGAGUCACUCUCUGAUGCACUGUCGUCUGUGAGCACGCCGGGGCAUGAAGGUGGACCGAGUGAUAAACGGCCGCCACAAGAAGAGGAAGGAAACUCAGACAAGAGUCGUCGCAACCUUGAGGCAGUGCAAGGCGUUGAAGCGAAUUCAGAAGCACCGUUGAGUCCUGACCACAGUGAGACUGCAGAAAAACCCGCUUGGAGCAUGUGUGUAGAUGAAUUUGAAAGACCAAGCUGCACUGUUUGUACACUGACUCUCGAGGAAGGUGAUCUGAGCAUCAUUCUGCCGUGUGGUCAUGUGUUUCACUGGCAGUGUGCUCAUGCUUGGCUUCGGUGCAACAGUACGUGUCCUAAUUGCCGUGCAGAUAUAAAUGUGCUUCUGCAACGGGAUAAUGGGGAAAGAAGUGACAGCGCAUGUGCUUCGCGAAUGAGCAGUACAAGGGAUCGUUCGCGAAGCGAUGGCCAGCGUACCGAGUGGCACCGCAGAAAUAGAGGAGAUGAAAAUGAUAGACAAGGUGGUAUAGGGAACGCUUUUCGUAGCUGGUUCAGUAGCAUUCUCUCUUGACCGUAACCCCCGAACCCUGCGAAAGGAAAUCAGCACCUGUCCUUGUAUUGAAAACCGAAAAACGAAUUUGUAUGGUCCCUCCUUUGUUGACAGCUUGUUACUCUCACGAUGGGUUUCAGGGGUAUCCCUUCUGUCGAUGCUUGUGGAAACAACGCUGAGCAACAGUGAGGUCACUGCCUAUGCAUGGAGCCAAUGUGUACUCAAGAUUAUGUUUUUUCAACGAAUUCAGUGCCCUCGACGCCAUCGGCCAUGGGUUCUCGGUUUUUGGCUUGGUGGAUAUACAGUCAGGCUAGCAAGUCAUAAUUGAGAAGAUGUGGAUGUUGAAGCGCAACAAGGCAUAGUUGGUUUUAGGCUCACCGUUGGACAAAAUACGAAUCUCAACCCCUUCUGUCGACUACUCGGUCGCGGUUAUUCUCUGUUGUCCACAAAAUAUGAGACAGAAUAUCGACACGACCGUGCCGGUUCAUUGAACUCUACAGAGCUGAAGUUC